UAUAGUAUAGUAAAUAUUAAAAACAGCAAUAAGAUUCAUCUGUAUAUGGAAUAGAUAUUCUUAUAAAAUAAUGUACCCGUUGAAAGAAGCGGAAUAUAUAAAACAGUCAUUAUUCCUCCCUUUCAGAUAUGGGAAAUAACUCUAGUAGUGAACUGUCAGCCGACGAAGUAGCCACUCAAGUCAGACACCAUUACUAUUAUGGUGUUGGAGCCCCAAACUCAUUUAUUAGGAAGGUGAAAACGGGUCAUGACCAUGAAGCAGGAGAAGAAGAAGAAGUAGCAGGAGAUGCAACAACUACCACUGGCAGCCCACAACAGUGCAACCCCCGAUCAACUUCGCCACCACCCACUACUGAAGGAAACGAGCAACCCGGUGAAGAUUGUCACGUCAUUAAAGAAAAUGUCCAAGCCUCUAACCGCCAUGAUGAAUCAUCCUCACCACCCUCCGAUCCAGAUCCCUUCGCUGAAGACUUCCCAUUAGAUGAAGAUUUGAUGGGGAGUAAUAAUAAUAAUGAAGCAUCGCGCGUUGGUGGAGGUGUAGGAACCAGAAGGUAAUAAGGUAGUGAGUAC